AUAACGGUAACAAAUGAGUUCAAUUUUUUUACCAAUGAAACCCAACACAUUAGACUCUGCAAUUCCAUUCCAACGGCUUUGAAAACUUGCUUCACUCUUCUCCACUAUUCACAACACUCUUCUUCCAGAACCUUCUUCUCAAUCCCCUCUUUCAAUUCUGCUACCUGCAUUCUUCACAAUGAACCUCACAACAACCACAUCGUGCGUUUAUCAGCAUUUUUUACUAAGAGGAAGCUCAAUCUUACUCUUCUUCUCACAACUUUUCUUUCGAGCAAUUUAUCAAACACUAGUGGUGCAUUGUGGAUGGCUCAAGAGUUGGACUUGGAGCUUCAGAGAUACACUGAUCCCAAAGAAAGUUUCAUUCUUCUUAUACCCUCUUCUUGGACUAAGGUUGAUAAAGCUGGGGCAACUGCUUUGUUUCAAGAUGCAAGUAUGGGGAGCAACAACAUUGGGGUUGUCGUGAACCCGGUUCGUCUUGCAAACCUUGGAGACUUCGGGAGCCCCGAGUUUGUAGCUGAUAAGCAUUUACAAGCAGAAAGGCGUAAGGUAAGGUUCUUGUUUCCAUUGCUGGAACUUUCUAUGACCAAUGCAAAAUUUGAGUCAAGUGUUGAUGAUAUUGAUUAGAAGAAUCUCCCUGUACUUGUAGCAUAACAACAUAAGCAAAGGAAGAAUGAAGCUGAAAGAUUUACCUUGGAUUAGUUUAACUCUGUUGUGAACAUCAUUUCGCUAAUACUAAGCGCUAAGACACUAAAGUAUUCCUAUAAUUAUUUAUUUUUAUCCAUAGUAGAUUCUUCGUUGAUCUUUACUUAAUUAAAUCAAAAGUAGCAAUGAUCAAAUUGGUUUCUUGUUGAGAUUGAGGUGUAGAAGUUAACCACUUUUUGUCUAUAUAACAAUUAGGGUAAAAAACAGAAAUAAGCCAAGGGAGAAAAUAAUUUACGUGAAUAAGCCAAAACAAAAACUGCUUCAUGAAUCCACCAACGCACAUAUAUAUGUAGUUCGAACCAGCUUGGUUCGAAUUACACACAAACACACGCACACACUAAUUCGAACCAUCUUGGUUCGAAUUA